AUGAAGACUAUCUCGGGCAUCGAAAUCGCUGAAAACAAGGAUAAAGCCGAGUGCUUUUCUCAGUUCAUUCGACCAGUCUAUAAAAUUGACGCAUGGUUCCUCCGGCCCUCCGCAGAAGAACCACCAACUGGAAGUAUUGGCAAUAUCACUCUUUCUCAUGUUCUGAUCCGACGGGAAUUGGGGAAACUAAAAGACUCGAAAUCGCCAGGACCGGAUCAGAUUCCACUCAAAAGUCUCAAGGAACUUGUCUUUUAA